AGGAGGCUGACCUGGUUCCUUGAGACCAGCAAUAUUCUUCGGAGUGAACAAGCAGGAUUAAGGCCACAAAGGUCAACGAACCAACAAGAAGACACUUUCUCCCAACACAUCAAAGAUGCCCUUGAUGCAAGAAAUACAUACAAACACAUCAAAGAUGCCCUUGAUGCAAGAAAUACCCUUAACGAUCUUGUUCUAUGGUAUUUUGCUUACUUUAUGCAGAUGAUCUGGUACUAUGGUAUUCCGGGCUUACUUUAUGCAGAUGAUCUUGUUCUAUGGUAUUCCGCCUACUUUACGCAGAUGAUCUGGUACUAUGGUAUUCCGCCCCCAAGGAAAAAAGCUAAGGAGAGGACAGAAAGUGUCCUAAAUUGUGCACUUAAACUGGGAGAGGACAGAAAGUGUCCUAAAUUGUGCACUUAA